CUGGGCACGCUGGGCACGCUGGGCACGCUGGGCACGCCGGGCACGCCGGGCACGCUGGGCGCACGUUACAUUGCUUGUUCAGCCUUCCCGCUCUCUCAUCCAUGUGUGCCCCCUCAUCAUACGUAGCCUUUCUGUAAAUCUAUCGUGCAGUACGAUGAAAGACCUAUGGCCUCCUUAGAAGGCAUAUCGUGGGAUUACAGCUCUUUUCAGGUCUCUCGUACGAUCCUCUCAAGCGUUGGCGGGUUUUCUCAGCCUUCCAACCGGAAAAUCGACAGCCUACAGUCCCUUCUCGCUUCAGUCCAACAGAUUAAUCUCGAUACCUUCGAAGGGUCGUCUUUUACUUAUGGACCUAAUCCGGUUGGAGAAGGUGUUUCGUAUAAAGUAUGGAGAUGUUACCACCGACGGAAGAACGCAGUGUAUGCGGUAAAGCAGAUCAAGUUGCCCUCGGUCAAGAGCGACCUACAAGGAUUUCAAAGACAGAUAGGAUGCAUUUUACGGGACGUUGAGGUAAUGCAUGGGCAUGCAAAACAUCCAAAUAUCCUGCACCUUAUGGGCUACGGCUGGGAUCACCAAGCAGGAGGGGCUCUCCCUUUUCUAGUCACCGAUUUUGCGCCAGGCGGCACACUUCGAAAUUUCCUGAAAAGCCAUAAAAUCUCACCUGAAGAGAAGUUAAUCCUCUGUCAGGAUGUUGCUCGUGGUCUUCAUGCUUUGCACGUCAGCGGCAUUGCUCAUGGCGACCUUAAACUGGACAACGUCCUUGCAGCCGCGAUUUCCGAUUCUUCAGAUUCAGACAACGCUACGGAAGUCCCAGACGUCGAAGGUAGAAGAUUUGGGGUGGUAGCACGAUUGUCAGACUUCGGGCACUCCCUACGCAUUCUUUACAACGAAGAAGCACCAGAGUAUUUGCAAAGAUACGGGGGAACACUGGUCUAUAAUGCGCCGGAAGUACAGCAAUCUCGCCACUCCAACUCGCCUACUCUCAACUUUCGAAAAUGUGACAUGUGGUCUCUAGGUUUGCUCUGUUGGGAAGUUUUUAGAGACGGAAAUCCUUACUUCCGCUGCGAUUUGAUACACCAAAGAAUCGAUAGUGCGCGCGGCACGAGCGGUGCAACUUCUACAAACAGCGACCACACCAUGAGUUCGACCGACCUAGACGACCUUGUUCAAACUUCUUCACAAUUCGCCGAGUUGGCUUCCGCUGAAACGAAGGAAAUUCUAGGAACCCGUCUCGACACCAAGCAGGUCUCCAACUUGGCGGAAGUGUUUUCUAGGAC